CCGGUUGUACUUCUUCUAUUUAUUCCCAUAACACCACACUGGACAGUCGGUUGUCAUGCUGUCGGACUGAUGUUGCAUCCAAAGACAAACACACAUGACAGACUGUUCUUCAUCAUUCUCCUAAUACUGUCUAUUGAAGGUUUCCUUGCAGAACUGUCACAGUUAAUUUGUUCACAUCAGCCAAUCGUGGCCCUGGCUGGUGAUGAUGUCAUUCUACCAUGUCACCUCGAACCUCCCAUCGAUUCAGAUUCAGAGACCGUGAUAUGGACCAGACCUGAUUUAGACCCAAAAUAUGUCCAUUAUCACCAAGAUGGACGACUCAAUUUUAAGAAUCAAAAUCCAUCUUAUUAUUUCCGCACCAGACUGUUUGUGACUGAACUGCCAAAUGGAAACGUCUCCAUGAAAAUCUCCAGAGUGAAACUUUCUGAUGCAGGAAAAUAUGAAUGUCAUCUUCCAUCAAUGCAGAAGGAAGCGUCCAUCCAACUCAGUGUUGGUGUCGUCUCCACGCCCGUCAUAGAGUUUGUCUCCAAUCAGAGCAGAGAGGUGGUUUUACAGUGUGAGGCUAAAGGCUGGUAUCCAGAGCCUGAGGUGUUCUGGCUGGACGCUGAGGGAAACCUCCUCUCUGCUGGACCUACAGAGACAGUCAGAGGUCCUGAUGACCUCUAUACUGUCAGCAGAAGAUUGACUGUGGAGAAGAGCGACAGCUUCACCUGUAGAGUCCAACAGAAGAACAUCAACCAGACCAGAGAGACACACUUCUAUGUUCCAGGUCAUUUCUUCACAGUUCAGUCUUUGAGUCAGACUGACAUCAUCAUCAUCGUCAUCAUCGUCAUCAUCACCUCCAGCCUCAUCAUUUUUGUUUCUGUUUUUCUGCUGUUUAUUUUUAUCAGAUGGAAAAAAAAACAAGACCAUGAGGAUCCAGAAUUCAAGAAUCAGGUCAAGAGAGACGAAAGCAAUACAGGUGAGAUUUCUAACUUCACGGAAGAAAGGAAGAAACUGAACAGAACUGUGGAAGAAAUGGAGAGAGCAGACCAACAGAGAGAGCUUCAGGAGGAGGAAAUAAUGACUGAACAAACCUCGAACGCCCCAAAUUAGCUAUGAAAGACAGAGAAACCAUUGAAUCAAAAAGCUUUGAUUGUUUACAUUUGAGAAAAGAUCAGGAGAGACAGAGGAACAGCCACUGUCUCCAGGAUAUGAACUGUACUGACCACAAAGAGCUUCAGGUCUGAAGAUGCUCACAGUCGUCAGUGUUAUUCACUUCAUCUGUCGGUGUAUGUAAAUAUUGAAUUGAAUACUGUUAUGUAUAUACAUAUGUUACUUUGUUACUGUACACUUUAAACCAACUCCCAAACAGAAAUGAUAAAAGAAUCCACCUGUAACAUGAGCGCCAUCUACUGUGAUUAUUUUGUAUGAAAACUGUCCUGGCUUCCAGAAGCUGAGGUUUUAUUGAUAAUAUGUCAGAGGCAUCAAGUUUGUCUGAUGAUACAUGAAAUAAAAAUGACAAUUCAG